UGCAGCAGGAUGCAGGGCGUACUGCCCGUGUGUGGACUGCAGCCCCUGCUGGCCCUCCUUCUGCUUCAGACUGCGGGCUGUGGCGUAACCAAUGCCGACACUGUGGUGAAUAUGCGGAAAGUGACCCAUCAGACCAUAAGCGAGGAGCUGUCUAAAACUGUUCUCCUCCCCUGCCUCUUCACCCUCCGCCCUAGUGCCAGUUCAUCCCAUGAACCCCCCAGGAUCAAGUGGACCAAAGUCUGGGGCCAAAGAGGCUCUGACGGCCUGCAGAAAGAACAGUCGGUCCUGGUGGCCAAAGACAGUGUGGUCAAGGUGAAGAAGGCUUUCCAGGGUCGUGUAACGCUGCCUGGUUACAACGUCAACCGCUACAAUGCCAGUCUUGCUCUGACCGGGCUGCGUUCCAGUGACUCUGGUCUGUACCGCUGUGAGGUUGUGGUGGGCAUCAGUGACGAGCAGGACACAGUUCCCCUGGAGGUCACAGGUGUGUUAUUUCACUAUCGGGCCCCUCAUGAUCGCUACGCCCUGUCCUUCACUGACGCCAAGCGGGUUUGUGUGGAGAACUCGGCAGUUAUUGCAACACCAGGCCAGCUGCAGGCUACCUUCGCAGAUGGCUAUGACAACUGUGAUGCUGGCUGGCUGUCCGACCAGACUGUACGGUAUCCCAUCCAGUCGCCUCGGCCUGGUUGCUAUGGCGACCGUGAGGACUCACCUGGAGUCCGUAACUACGGCAAUAGGUCCCGCGAUGAGCUGUUUGAUGUUUACUGCUUUGCUAAGCAGCUUCAAGGCGAGGUCUUCCACUCCACAGUACAAGAGAAGCUGAGCCUGGCCACAGCCUCCACCCACUGCCACUCCCUGGGAGCCCAGCUGGCUACCGUCGGGCAGCUCUACCUUGCCUGGCAGGCCGGUCUAGACCAGUGUGAUCCUGGCUGGCUGGCGGAUGGCAGUGUCCGCUACCCCAUCAAUGUCCCACGGAAGAACUGCGGUGGAGAUGAGCCCGGGGUGCGGACCGUCUACAACAACCCCAACCGCACCGGCUUCCCCGACACCACAGCCCUGUUCGACGCCUACUGUUACCGAGCCCACCAGCCAGCAGGGGUCCAGGCUGCAGAGGCACAGGCUUUACACCAGACCAUCAACCCAGCAGCACAGGCCCUUUCCUCAAUCACUGAAGCCGAGCAGAGUUCCCUUUUUCCCAAGACUUCCACUUGGACUGGCAUGGUCGACUUGGACAAAGCAGGAGUGCACUCCAUUGCUGCAAUCAACAACUCCUCUGAGAUCUCUGAGGAGCACGUAGUCAUCCACUUAAGGCCUGAGGAGGGCUGGAAAGAAGGGCUGGAUGGCCCUAGAAGCAGCCAACUCAGCCAGGAGGAGACUGAUGGCCCAAAAACCAGCAACACCCUGGGCCUUUCUGACCUUGAGAGCCUGGAGAGUCAUGGAGGUUCUGCCCAUGAGGAAGACGAUGGCGGUUAUUUUGUAUCUGACACCCCAACAUCGUCCUCCAUAGCUUCUUCAACUCACCAGCCUCAUACCAGUAACAGUGUGUUGGUCGACUUUGUGAACACUCUUAUGAGACCCUUUAGGUACUGGACUGGAGGCGAGCAGGGUGAAGAGACAGAGAAGGGACCUUCAGCUCCGGAGGAAAACGCAAGAGAGAACCAGACCCAGAUUGAAGCAUCCAGCAGAAACCUGAGUAUACCCAAAGCCAGCAGAAACAAGGGCAGCAUGGACAAUGCCAUCAUGGAGCACAGGAGUGGUAGUUUUUCCUUCAAGGCUCCCACCAGUGGACUACAGAGUCCAGUGGAAGGUCUAUCUGAGCAGGAGAAAGAGGUGAUGCCAUUGAUUAGAUUAGUGCCUGCAGUCCAAAACACAGGGCAAAGCAACACCAGCACACAGUCAUCAGAGCAAGCCUGGAGCACGUCUGCUGACAACCCUCUGUCCACUGUUAAUGAAUUCACUCCAUCAAGUCCCAAUGAGAGAUCCCGUCCCAGAGAACAUGUCAACAUAUCCAGUCCCCUGGGUCCCAGAGGUGGCCCAGCCUAUGCUCCCACACCCAGCAGCCAGUUCCGGUGGGCCAUCAAGUCCAUGCGAGGCUCUAAACUAGGCCCCCCUGGACACGUGGCCUAUGUGGGUAAACGUCCCACCUGGGAGCCCAUGGAAGCCAAAGCAGGGCCCCUCGAGGUGAUGACCCUUCCAACUUCCCUCCGGCAGGACAACCUAGAAAAUUAUUCAGGCGAGGGCAAGGACCAGGACAGAGAAGACGCUACCACUCCAUCAGGUGCUAGAACUGCGUUGGAGGAGGAGAGGGAGAUAGAGGGGAGUGGAGAGGGCAGCAACUUUCCUGAUGGGUUUGGAAUGAAAGUCAACAACUUGGAGAGCAGUGGUGUCAAACCGAGUCCUGAAACAGAGUCUUCACUCAGCCAGAGUGAGCUUGUGACUGUGGCUGAGCACACUACUCUGUCCCAGUGGCAGCUCGUGGAACAGCCCACCACCCCACCUCAGGGCUCCCAGGAGCCUGACACAACAGAGGAGGCCAGGGGGGAGAUCCUCUACAUUCACCGCCCUACUGACAACCUCUCUUCUGCUUCUUCACACAGAGGAGAGGGUAGCUCAAAUUCAGGAUUUACUCCUGUUUUAAGGAAGCACAGCAAAGGCACAAGAAGAGAGGAGGUGGUGAGUUUCACACCCGAAGCCUUGAUGGAGGUGCUGACAACCUCUGAGGUGACCACACCAGAGCUUCUGACGACCAGAGACACACAGAGGACAGAUCCUACCACCACAGCAACCAACACAGAAAAAUCCUCCCACAGCCCCUCCACAGAGGAGCCAUCUGUGUCUGUUCCAUGGGUUCAGGAGGAAAAGGAGAAAACAACAAGUCCACCCAACCUGCAGAAGGAUCAAGCUACUCCAGCACCCAGUGUGGGAUCUCAAACGACUACGGGAGUCAUUCAGUUUACCACCCUUGCAUCCGACUCUAAAGUUGGCACCACAGAAAUGGAAUCCAGGUCUGUAGGAAGUCGUUGGACACCUGUCAAAGGCUUAAGCCAAAAAACAGAGGAACACAAAGCCAAGGAGAUGAUUGACAACAAAGACACAAACAACCCUUUUGGCAUUCUCGCACCCAACUGGGCCUUUGGUCUCAUCCCAUCAGUGGAGAAUAACCCAUGCCAGACCAAUCCCUGUCUCCAUGGAGGGAGCUGCCUGCAGGAAGGUGAUGGCUAUAGCUGCUACUGUCCUCAGGGCUUCUCUGGGGAGAGCUGUGAGAUCGACAUUGAUGACUGCCAGUCUAAUCCAUGCCAGAACGGAGGAACUUGCAUUGAUGAGAUCAACUCCUUUGUUUGUCUUUGUCUGCCCAGCUAUGGAGGAGCUACUUGCGAGAAAGACACAGAGGGCUGCGAGCACACAUGGCGGAAGUUCCACGGCCACUGUUACAGGUACUUCAGCCGCAGACAUACCUGGGAGGACGCCGAGAAGGACUGCAGGGAGCACAGCGCCCACCUGGCCAGCAUCCACAGCCUGGCUGAGCAGAACUUCAUCAGAGGUCUGAGCCAUGAUAACACCUGGAUCGGGUUAAAUGAUCGUACAGUGGAGGACGACUUUCAGUGGACCGACAAGAUGGACCUGCAAUAUGAGAACUGGCGUGAAAACCAGCCAGACAACUUCUUCGCUGGAGGAGAGGACUGUGUGGUUAUGAUUUCUCAUGAGAAUGGCAAAUGGAACGACGUGCCCUGCAACUACAAUCUGCCCUAUGUCUGCAAGAAGGGAACAGUGCUUUGCGGAGCCCCUCCCUCUGUGGAUAAUGCUUUUCUGAUUGGACGGAAACGUUCCCACUAUGACAUCCACUCCGUAGUUCGCUACCAGUGUGCCGACGGCUUCCUGCAACGCCAUGUGCCCACUGCUAAGUGUCGUGCCAAUGGCAAGUGGGACCGGCCUAAAAUCAUCUGCAUAAAAUCCCGGCGAGCCCACCGUUACCGGCGCCACCACCACAAGGGCAGGAGGGAGCGCAGGAAGCACAAGAGGCAUGGCCACAGAGAGGGAGGCCACCAUGGAGGAGAGCUGGGCCAGGGUCACCACCACGCGCACUUCUGAACCAAAAAAAUAAACAUCCCCUUUCCUUUUCUCCUCUGCUACCAACUGCAGUUUGCCUGUCUCCCUGUCGCCCACAUUUCCCUAAACACUACAUCAGAACCUCACAGCCCAAAACUCUCUACCCAAGCCCCUGUCCCUCCCUGCAACCUCCUGCCAUGCCCUUAGCUCCACCCCUGGCUCUCUGAGUCAGCCUGUAUCAUAGUCAAUUCUGAGGCCUGCCAAAGUGCUGCCAGGCAUCACUGGGACAAUAACAAAUCCCUUUGUACUCUUUUUACUUUCCGUUCUCUGUUUUACUUUCUUGUCUUAAGCUGUCCGUCUCUCACUCACCCUCCCACGUGACCCAGUUAUUCUCCCUCCAAGCUCAACAAUGGCCUGAAACAUGGGGCUAUGCUGGCCUGUUUUUGAAAAAAAAAAAAAAAAAACCUUUGAGAUCCACACCCAACAAUCUUCAGAGAAAAGUGGUUUAGUACAAACUGUGAAUAGGGACAACAUUGCUGAAAUUGCCGUAUUAAAAUCAUACGAG